AUGACGAGCAAUCUAGUAGAAUGUUUCAACAAUGUGCUGAAGGGUGCUCGUGCAUUGCCGGUGACUGCAAUAGUGGAGUACACCUUCUUCAAGCUUAAUGAGUACUUUCAAAGGCAUUCUGAAGAGACUGCAAAAUGGAUAGGCAUGGCUUCAUUCGGUUCCAGGACGAGGACGGCGUGCGCGGACCAAGAGGACAUGCCGAAGACGUGGAUGGAGGCCAGGUUGGACAAGGAGAAGGAGAAGGAUGUGCCCACACCACCAUGUUGGUGUGGUGAUGUUUGCAAGUUGAAGGUGUCCACUGACCGCAAGAAGUCAUGGACAGAAGGUAGAAGGUUUUUCGUGUGUCCAAACUAUGCACAUGAUCGUCGAAGGCCAACUAACGCAUAUGACAUACCACCGUCCCCUCCUCCACUUUGCAAGUACUUCACUUGGAUAGAUCACGAGGUACCAAAAGAUGUCCAAGAGGACCAACGUCGAGAUUGCUUACGGAGGCAGCGCCUGUUCGAGGAGUCCUAUGCACGGGGAUUGGAGCGGGAGCGUCGUGAGAAGGAGGCUCGUGAGUGCAAGAAGCGUGAGGAAGAGAGGGCACACAAAGAGAAGGAGGCUCGUCAAGAAGAGAGGGCAAGAAAACUUGCAAGGGCUCGCGAUGCACAAGAGGAGGACGAUGCACAUGAGGAGGACAAGGCACGUGAAAAGAUUUAUGCAAAAUGGUUGAAGCAUGUAGAAAUGAGGAUGUACCAUGCUACCAGAUUGUGUUACUGUUUCACAAUAGAGUCGCUUGUGAAAAAGAAAUAUGGGCAAGAGGCUUUUACAAUCUUUAGGCUAUUGGUUGUACAAGGUUGUGCAGUUGAGACAGAUCAAAUUACUGAGGCAACAAUUCUUGACAAGUAG